AUGGAAAAGAGGCAGAAAGUAACACAAGAUACAGUGAUCCCGCGUUUGCUUCAUGCGGAUUAUCGUGCUAAGGUGGAGGAGUUUAAGAAGGUUCGCAUCAUUCAGGACAGCUCUAUUAAAGAUCCAGCCUCCUUGGAGUACGAUAUGGUGAUUGAAAACCAGAGAGGAAUUUCUUUGUUUGGAAUCCCUCUUUAUGGCGGCAAUUCUCUAGUGCAUCCGUUAGAUCCUCCAAACUAUGAAACAGAAUCUGGUAGACCAGUGAACGAUUUUGAGCUUUUUCCACUCCCUGAUCUAUCAUGGCGCUGGACUUGGGAUAAGUGGCGUGUGUUGAUGAUUGGUGAUCUAGACGAACAAGGCUGGUCUUAUGCCUAUACCCGAUUUAGGGGCCAUAGGUGGCGCGGAAUCUACAGAGUGAACAACUUUAUUAGACGCCGUUUAUGGGUCAGAGAGAGGAUACAGGAAGAUUCUCACUUGAUAGAGGAGGACUCAACAGAUGCCAUGAUUACGCAAAACUCACAUCCAUUAAAAAAGACUGAGUCUCCUGUAGACACAGAGCCUGACUUUCCAUCGGACCUUUCUGAUCUGUUGGAGAAUUGCAAAAUUGAUAGAGAGCGUACCGAGUUGUUACUAAGGUCUGUUCUUGAAAAGACAAAAGGGGACGAAACCAUCCUAGAGAAUUACCGUGAUAGUAUUCAGAAACUUGUUGAUGAAACUUUUGUUUUCAAUAACUCUAAGAAGUUGUUUUGGGAUCAACUGGCUUCGGUCCAUCAUAAUUAG